AUGGCUAUCAAGCCCAUCACCGGCAUGCUCCGACGAGGCCUCAUCACCGACAUCAGUGUUGCGCUUGGACUUGGCGUGACGUUCGGCACCCUAUUCUGGCACGGCUUCCACAUGCCGCGCACCCACGCGCGAGACGCCUUCUACAGGAAACUAGAGGCGGACCGGGCCGCUCGAGCUGUCUAG